CAGUACCAGUAUUGAUGGUCAUGCGCUGAAUUACUCCCGAUACCAAAUUUCAGAUCGACCUUAUUUUCAUGGCCCAGACUAUGUGCCAGCCGUGAUUCAUAUUUUCUUCAUCUCAUUACUACAAUGGCUGCACCGUCUGAAGAGUUCUCGGUCAAUGCCAACGAGGCUGUACAUGUCGCGAUCGUUCAGCCUGGACCCGAUGGCCAAUUGAGUACUCGUCAUGACUUCCACCCUAAGUUCACAUAUCCCAUCGUAGGCGAGGCAGAACAGAUCUUCGGAUACAAAGGACUGGACGUCGAAAUCCAAUUCGCAGCGCACGAUCUUCGCCCACACAUCAAGGUCUCCUACAGUAAGAAAUUCAGCACGGUCGGGACUACAAGCGCUCUCGAUCUCAACGCGACCUUUGGCAACUUUCUCCCGCCCGUCGCAUUUGAAUCAGAUUUUGAAAAGUUCGUACAGAAUGACGAGCAGGCUGCAAAAUGGACCCCUCCUGGGACUUGCGUAAAGAAAUACUCAAGAGGUGGGCGAAAUUUUGAGGUGUGGGCAGGAUCUCUGCUCGACCUCCCCAUGCGAACACUGGUGGACAAUAUUCAAAUCUUGAUAGUCUUCUUUAUUGAAGGAGGGCAGUUCAUCAAUCUCGAUGAUGUAGACUGGACAUUAGACCGCUGGAGGGUGUAUCUCACGUACGAAAAGCAGUCCAAGUCUACGACCCCGACAGCAUCACCAUACUCAUUCGUUGGCUAUGCAACGACCUAUCGCUUUUACAGGUUCCUGAAACCCAAAGACGGCAGUUCAGCAUUCACCUUUCCGCCAACGGAGACAAUCACUCCAAAUCAACUGUCGUCGCGCCUUCGGAUAUCACAAUUCUUAAUCACACCUCCCUACCAGAGUGGUGGCCAUGGAUCGGCUUUGUACCAAGCAAUCUAUGCAGAGGUUAUGGCCGACCCAACGGUAUUGGAGAUGACGGUGGAAGAUCCGAGCGAAGAAUUCGACAAACUGCGAGAUAUGAAUGAUUUCGAUGUGCUCGAACCACAAUUUCAAGCUUCAGAGAUCAAAAUCAACUCCUCCCCAUUCGCAGCUCUCGACCGUGGCCGGAUAAAGUCAGUUCCUACGGCAAAGCUUCUUCCAUUGACUACCUUACAAACAAUCCGAGUGAAGAACAAAAUUGCUAGCAGACAAUUCGCGCGUAUGGCCGAAAUGUUUUUGUUAGCCCAGAUCCCCCAUUCUCAUCGAGCCGCUGGAGGUGCGUCCUUGACGAGCUUGAAGGUUAAAGGCGCUCGAGCUCAAAAUCCGGCCGAUCGGAAUUAUUUCUGGUGGCGUCUCCUGCUAAAGCAACGAAUCAUGAAGAAGAACAAGGAUAUUCUCAUGCAAGUCCCUCUUGAGGAACGGAUCCCCCAGAUUGAGGACAGUGCUCGAGGACAGGAGGACGAGUAUGAAGGAUUGAUCCUCUCAUACGCACUGCGAAGAGAUAAGCAGAUGAACCAGAGUAACAAUGGCGAGGUAGAAGGCCCGGCAGCACCACGCAAGAGGAAGAUGGUCGUGUCUGACGAGGAGGAUGAAGAUGACGACGUCAGUAUGACUUCGAAGAAAGCCAAAGCCUGAUCUUUUGCGCUUUCAAACCCCGGGCUCCAUUUGCCUUGUCGGCAUAGCGCUUGAUAGGCGUCGAAGAUGACAUGACCUUUCUUAACAUCGGAUUGCAUCAGCUGCCAACAGAUGAGGGACCCAGAUAGUUGGUAGCCAGCCAUAUCGAUACGAAAGGCGAGAUGAGGCUUGGAUCGACCUCGUGACACACUGUGUUCACCUUCCCAGAGUAGUU